AAAAUCAAAACUUUCGAAGCUUAUUUCGGACGGAGCGUCGUAUUUUUCAAAUGUGUCGGUGAAAUAUUUUGUGGGCAUAAAAAUCAUUGAAUCAAUUAUUUUCGUUCGACUUUUAUUUUUUCAAUCUCAGACAUGGAGGAACCCGAAUAUAUAAAGGACUAUACUGAGAAAGAAGCGGAGGAAUAUCUAAAGUUUAUGGACAAUGUAAAUAUGAAUAAAGCAAAGCACGAAUGUAAAGAGGUAACCCAGGAGCAACAGAAAAUGUACAUUAAAAGUUUGGCUGAUUCCUACCGAGAGUGUGAUUUUACUUACGAACCAAAAUCUAAUUUGUCCAUUUUAUCAAUGAAAAAUACAAUAUUAUCAAUGAUUGAAUCUAAUCCCGUGGUUGUAAUUCAAGGGCCAACUGGCUGUGGAAAAACCACUCAGAUUCCUCAACUUAUUCUGGAUGCCAAUACCAAGAAGAGACUUCAUUGCAACAUUAUAGUGACGCAACCACGACGAAUUGCUGCUAUAAGCAUAGCAAAACGGGUGAGCCAUGAAGGAGGCUGGCCUCUCGGCAGCGUCGUGGGUUACCGAGUUGGCAUGAAGCAGGAGAUUUCUCCUGAUACUCGUCUAACUUACUGCACCACUGAAAUCCUUCUUCAGCGAUUGAUACUGCGGAAGCACAUGCUUGAUUAUACACACGUGAUAUUGGAUGAAAUUCAUGAACGCGAUCAAGAAAUGGAUUUUCUUCUGCUAGUCGUGAAGAAGUUGCUGCAAACGAAUUCCAGCAUGGUGAAGGUGGUUCUCAUGUCGGCGACAGUCGACGUGAAAAGGUUUGCCGAAUAUUUUUCCAGACGAUUAAGAAACAAGUUAGUGCCGGCGCCUGUUGUGGAAAUGCCUGAGAAGAGAUGUUUCGAGAUUCAUACAUAUUUUCUAGACGAGAUAAAAGAUCUGGGUGCAAUACCACAAGUGUCCCCUUCCGAGCCGCGGGUCACACAAUCCAUGAUCAAUUUUUGCGCGAAAAUUAUCAUUGCCUUGGACGAGAUUGAUAUAAACGACAGCGGCGGCAACAAAGAGGCAAAAGGAGAUCAAACAAAUGUUGCCGUUUGUACGUCACAUAGGCACACGGUUCUCGUUUUCUUGCCAGGAAUCUACGAAAUCGAGGAGCUAUACACAUUUCUAUCGUCCAAGUGUUAUGAGGACAAAUUGUUGGAUUUGGUGGUAUUACACUCGAUGAUUUCCAGCGACGAGCAACAACGCGUCUUUUACAAACCACCGGCGCGCCAUCGGCGGAUCAUACUAUCAACGAAUAUCGCUGAGAGCAGUGUCACGGUGCCGGAUGUCAAGUACGUGAUUGACUUUUGCCUCGUCAAAUUAAUCGCCCUCGAUCCCGUCUCCAAUUAUCAGUCCUUGCAACUUUGUUGGGCAAGCAAAAUGAGUUGCGUGCAACGAGCAGGUCGUGCUGGCCGCGUGAUGGACGGCAGGGUGUACAGAUUGGUGCCGAAAGCGUUUUAUCACAAGGUACUCGACAACGAAGGCAUGCCAGAGAUGUUGCGUGCCCCUCUAGCCAAUGUCGUUCUGCGCGCCAAGAUCUUUGAUCUCGACGAUCCUCGCUCCCUCCUUGCUCUCUCCCUGGAUCCGCCUAGUCUCCAGAAUCUCUCGAGCACGAUUCUACAACUGAAAGAGAACGGCGCACUGAUGAACGAUCACCACGCUUUUCAACCCUUCGACGGCAAGCUGACCGAUAUGGGAAGAAUAAUGGCUCAACUCCCACUCCACAUACAAAUCUCCAAAUUAAUUAUGAUGGGUCACGUUUUUGGAAUUUUACGAGACGCCAUUGUGCUGGGCGCCAGCAUGGCGCUCAAGGACAUGUUUGUCUCAGGUGAAUGUCGCAACAGCAUCUCAACGUACUCGACGAAGAAGAAGUGGGCUCGCGGGACCGACAGCGAUUGCAUCGCUGCAUUAAAUGUGUACAAGGUUUGGCAGAACGAAAAGGCGAAUCGCCGAUUCACCACGUAUCAAAUCGAGAAGCAGUGGGCUCAAAGAAACGGCGUCCAACUGCGGACCUUGCGCGAAUUGGACGUUCUCGUCAAUGAGAUUACUCACAGAUUGACGAGGUUGGGCGUGAAAGAAACGGUCGGCGUGCGCAAGGUGAUCUGGGAGGGCCCGGAACGCGAGUUUGUGUUGCAAGUGAUUCUUGCCGGCGCUUUCUAUCCCAACUAUUUUGUCAAACGGCCGCUCAACGUUGAAGCUCACGAGAUUGACGUCGUUAAAAAUCUAAACGCUUUAGAUCCGUUGAAGACCGUUUGUAUGCGAGGCUGGCCGGUACAGCAACCGGGCUAUUUAUACGCGAGAAGACUGCAGGAGAUCUUUUCCCGACACCACGGUAUCCCGAAGGAGCGGAUAAUGGUCUCGUUCGAUGGUUCAGCACGAGUCUACAUGCAGUAUCGCGAGAAAGAGACGACCAACAGCGAUGAGAAUCUCUAUAGAAUAUCGGAUUUUGUUUACAUGUCUGUUAAAAUGCGGCAUUGCAAUAUUCCGAUUAAGAUCGAUUUGUUACGUGCGAAGGAAGCGCAGAAGAUAAGCAUAGAUCAGGAUUUGGACAGAUUUGAGAAGACUAUGUUCUUCAACAAGGAAAAGAACAGGAGUAAGACCAGGAGAGACUCGUUCAAAAUCAGGCCGGAACUGCCGGGGCUUGACAUAACUUUCGUACCUUUGUCCAUACAAAAUAUUGUUAGUCCGGGCUACUUUUGGGCUUCUCUGGAUGAUGAAGACACUCGCAAGAGAAUGUGCAGGAUCGAGUCCGCCCUUAACGCACAUCCCUUGCGAGAGUACCGCUUCCCUCCGAAAAUUAAAACAGUCGUCGCCGCCCCCAUGGAAAGGGACGACUCCGUAACAUAUCAUCGCGCAAUAGUCGAGGAGUAUGCCAUGGAGAUUGUGAACAUCUUCUUCAUCGAUCAUGGUCGCGCUUCUCGGGUGCGAUCCAGUGAUUUACGAGUGAUCGAUGAUGUUGUGAUUGCGAAGCUGCCUUCUCUGGCGUUCCGAUGCGCUCUGACCUCCGUUCGUCCGUCAAACGAGGCCAGCAAUUUCCAAGGACGAUGGUCGAAAGUCUCGCGAAGUUGCUUCGAGGCUCAAAUUCGCCAGAGCGAGAAAAUCUUUGGACAUAUUUAUUCGAUUGUAAACAGCAUCAUUAACUUAGAAUUGAUCGUCGUCGACAACGAAGACAGACAAUUAAAUAUGAACGAGUAUCUGAUUGAGAAGGGGCACGCUGUAAGUAGGAAGGAAGGUUUCUUGUCUAAGUAUAAUCACGAGCUGCGAGUGGAGCCCACUAUCGUGAACACAAUGUCGCCGGAGGAGAAAUCGUUUUAUGAGAAUCAGCAAUACGACGACGAGGACAAUUUAUCGGAGUAUCCCCUUCCACCGGAAGAAGCAGAUUGUAACUCGUGGAUACAGCUCCAAGGUCCUUAUUCGCCUCUCGAGAUCGACAUGUACCAGCUCACAGCAGCCGGCAAAUGCAUGAAAACGAUCGUCGAGAAUGAGUCCGUCAAUUCGAUUUUUCUCGAUGAAAAUUCCGAUCGAUCGAUGCGUCUGCUGGUAGCACAGAACAUUAAUCAGCUGAACAACAGCAAUCAGUUGCAUCUGCGAAACACUACUUUACUGCCGAACGUGCCGGGGCUCGCCGUGUUGCUCGCGUUGACUUUCGCACCGCGGGUCGAACUGAGAUGCAGUCCCUUGAGGACCUAUUACACCGGGGCCCUUUGCGGAUUGGGCCCGAUGGACAGCUGCACCGGCAGAGGCAUUUUUCCGGAUCACGAUAUGGAGAUUCUGUUCGACGUGGAAAUCUCGAACGAUGAUCUUCGAGAGAUCAAUAAAUUGCGCCAUUGGAUGAAUGUCGGCAUGCAACUACCAAAUAAUGCCGGUAAUAACCGUUUCGACAACGAUUAUUAUGACGAUGGUGAUGGCAACGACGAGCAAAUGAUGAAUUGUCAAAAUUAUAUAAAGCGCGCUUUAUUAGAGCUGCGAGAUCGACGCAGACGGUCGCAGGACCUUCUUGAGAUCGCCGACUCUAACCAAUGGAAUCGUUACUGUGAGUCCUUCUUUCUGCACGCCGUUCGCGACGUACAAAAAGGCGAGAUGUAUCCCCUGCAUAAAGCGUUGAAAUUACGAGAGAGAAACGAUGAACUGGAAGAUAUGGUGAGGCGUCUCGCCAAGUUGUAUCAUAUAUCUAACGGAGACAGACGUAAGUUGAGCAAUGUGAAUGCUUACUGCGAAUUAUGCGAGGUGGAGGUGUACAGCCAGUUGAAUCUGCGCGGUCAUCUUUACUCGCAGCAACAUGUAAAGAAUGAGGAGAGUCUGCAGAUACCAAACCUCAGGGAAUAUUAUUAUCACUACGUUUGAACGUGCGGUUUGUAUUAGAAAAAUUAUCAUUAUUGUAAUAUGCUAUGUGUUUUCAGUAUUAUUAUAUUAGGAAAAGACUUUGUUUAAUUAAGUGACAGCUUGUCUGCGCAGUGUUUAACCAGUAUUUAAAACACAGGGUUUAACGAAACCGUGAUUGGAACACGUUUAUUUAUUUAGAAUAAUACCAGAAUAUUGAUAUUUCUUCUUAUAUCCGAACGCUUUUAACUGUGAAAAAUAUCUGUUUUUUUUUUUUUUAUUAUUAUAUAGAUUUAUGAGUAAUUUUUAAUACAUAGAUACAUGAUCAUUUUUAUGUUUAUACUAUGGUAUAUAUGAUAAUUUUUACGUUUAUACUGUGAGAUUUGCCAAAGAAAAUCAAUAAAAUAUACGAGCGCUGUUGCAUUAUUAGUUGACCAGUUCAGAUCUCUCAUUGAUGUGAAUUUUUUAAAGUGGCUAAACUCGGGAAGAAGAGACUUAAAAAAAAAAUAUCGAAGGAUCAUGAGGGAGAAGCGACUUGUAGGACAUUUGGAUAUGCAUACAUAUUCAUAAUAAUUAUUGGGUAUACAAGUAUGACUUUACGGAUUUUCAAUAGAUGGCGUAUCGCGUACUGAUGGCAUUAUGUUGAGGUUGGUAAUACUUGUAUCAGAAAGGUCUGUACGCAGCUGUCAAACGUAGUUGAUGCUAUUUGACUGAAGUGUAAACGGUUGUUAUAUUUAUCGUAUUGAAAAUGUCUACUUUUGUACCGAAUAAACGUCAUUUGCGGAAAGUGUUACUGCAUUAUUUUGUUUUAAAGAAAAGUGCAGUUGAAAGCCAUCGUUUGCUUGUUUGGACUCUUACAAAGAAUAUGCUCCAUCGGUAAGCAUGUGUGAAAAGUGGUUUCAACGAUUUGGAAAGCAUGAUUUAGGCCCAGUUCCACAACUUGCUUUAAACGGAGUUUAAAGCUAAACCGAUGGUUAAAAGCAAUAGUAUAUGCGCAUAUACUAUUGCUUUUAACCAUCCGUUUGCAUAUCCGUGCAUAUCCGUUUAAAGCAAGUUGUGGAACUGGGCCUUUGAUUUGGAUGAUAAACCGCAUGGAAAGCCGCCGAAAAAAUUUGAAGACGCACAAUUGGAAGCAUUACUGGACGAAGAUGCGUGUCAAACGGAAAAAGAAUUGGCAACAGCAUUAAAUGUUAUCCAACAAUGCAUUUCCUUAUGCCUGAAUGCCAUGGGAAUGGUCCAAAAGCAAGGAAAUUGGGUGCCACACGAAUUGAAAGAAAGAGACAUUGAAAGAAGAAAAACCACAUAUGAAUUAUUGCUGCAACUUAAAAAAAAAGGGUUUUUUACAUCGAAUUAUUACUGGCGAUGAAAAGUGGAUUUACUAUGACAUUUCUAAACGCAAACCACCAUUGGUUAAGCUCAGUGAACUCGGUCAACACCAAAGCGAAACAUCCACGGCAGCAAAGUUAUGUUGUGUAUCUGGUGGGAUAUGAAGAGUAUGAUGUAUUAUGAGUUAUUGCAACCAUUUGAAACUAUUACUAGUGAAUGCUACCGACUGCAAUUAAUACGUUUGAACCAGGCUCUGACGGAAAAACAGCCGGAAUGAGACAAUAGACAUGACAAAAUAAUUUUACAGCAUGACAAUGCCAGACCACAUGUUCAUAAAUCCGUCACAAAUUAUCUAGGAGUGAACUGGGAGAUUCUACCUAACCCGCCAUACUCACCA